AUGCGACCCACCAUCAUCAUGAAUGUAGUACCACGCAACAUUAGAAUACAACAACGGGCAUUUAUUCAUCCUCGCAAUUUCAUUGCCGUCAGCUAUAACACAACAAUACCCACCAUGCGUCGUCGUUUCUAUGCAACCGCAGAUCGAUCCAAUGAAAAAAACAAGAGCGACAAGGAAACCAAGGAAUACUUGGAAAAGAUGAUGGAUGAAGAAGAAGCAUCCCAACAGUCUUCUGAACACGUGGAUCCUGAAUAUUGGAAUGAUCCUGGUAGACAUGCGAAUCCUCACGAUAAAGAAGGAAAGCAACCAACACCCGUAUUCGAUAAGGACGAAAAGAAGAGUAAAAAGUAA